CAGAAAGCAUUCUUUGGUGAAAAUGUUAAAGACGUUCUUGUUUGUAGUCUGUAUUGCUAAUGUGCUUCCAGCACACUCUACUGAAGCAAAACAACUUUGUGGCGAAAACGAAGAAUCUUCAGAUUGCGCCAAUUGCUAUGAUAGUCCAGAUUGUUGUGUGGAUCCCAUGGAUUGCAUUCAAGGAUGCAUUUGCAAAGUAGGAUAUGUGAGGAACGAUGAAGGAGUUUGUGUUCGAGAUGAUUGUGAUGACUCAUGCAAUGGGGAUCCGAACGCUGUUGCUGGAUGUGGAGUAAAUUGUAACAGACAUUGUUCUAAUAUCGGCAAAGAAAGUCAAGGUUGUGCUGCUGUUUGCUACGAAGACGGCUGCGAUUGUAAAGACGGAUAUUAUUACGAUGAUAACAUUAAUAAAUGUGUUUUACCCGAAGACUGCACUCCUACUUGUGGUAAUGAUGAAGUCUACAAUGAUUGUAUACAAGGGUACUGCCAACCGAAGAAUUGUUCGGAAAUAGGGAAACCCGUUGCUUGCCCAAGAAUAGAUCCCAAGAAUUGCAUCAAAGGGUGCUUGUGUAAAGAAAACUACGUCAGAGCUGAUAAUGGAACGUGUAUACCAAAAACCGACUGUCCAUCCUGCGGUGGAGACAACAACGCUCGUUCCGGCUGCGGCUUGCACUGUAGCAAACGGUGUGGCGAUAUCGGAAAAAAGCCAAGAGCAUGUGCUGCAGUUUGCUAUGACAAUGCUUGCGAUUGCAAAGAAGGAUUUUACCUAAACGAGAAUACAGGAAAAUGCGUAAAACCAAACCAGUGCCCUACUACCAAUUCAUCGGGAAAUGUUGACCAAUCCUUGGAAAAACUCCGCAGAGGAAACAUGGCAUUAGUUGGCCAGUUUCUUUGGGAAUUAUACAAAAUGAAUCCAGGACAAAGUUUCGUUACAUCACCCGUAUCUGUACUCAUUCCUUACGGUCAACUAGCACUAUACGCCGUUGGAGAAACUUUAGAUCAACUAUUAAAGUUUAUAAACCUCGACAAUAAGGAUCAGAUCAAGGAAGCUUUCCCCGCUUUGCUUACGAAUUAUCGGUCUCAAAGCUCAGUUCUUUUGACGGUGGCAGUUAAAUGCUACGGCAACAUAAAUUAUCCUUUUACGGACCAGUUUAAGAACGACGCUGUAACUUACUUUGACUCAGAAGGAGAAAAUAUUGAUUUUAAAUAUGCGAAAGAAGCUGCAGACACAAUAAACGGAUGGGUCGCAAACAAAACUAAUAACUUAAUUCAAAAUCUUGUCAGCGAAGAUUUGUUCAGCGAUGACACUAGAUUGGUUCUAGUUAACGGCAUGUAUUUCCUGGGAAAUUGGCAAAAUCAGUUCAAUCCUAAUAACACUCGCGACAGAGACUUCUACAUCACACCAAACAAAACUAAGUCCAUAAAGACUAUGUAUCAAGAAAACAACUUUAAUUAUGGAGAAAACGAGAUUCUCGAUGCACAGAUCUUAGAAUUGUUCUACAAAGGCGGCAAUUCUAGUUUAGUAAUCUUGUUACCAAAGAAAAAAGAUGGCCUUCUCCAGAUGUUAGAUAAAUUACGAAAUUCAGAUGAAUUAUCUAAUAGCAUUAAAUCACUUAGGCAAGAGAAAGUCAAAUGUUUCCUACCUAAGAUGGAUAUAGAAACGAACAUUGAUAUAGCAGAACUUUCCCAGAAGCUGAAUGUAACCAAAAUGUUCGAUCCACGAUCAGAUGAUUUCGAAGGAAUUUUAUUAAAUUCGGACCCUGUAUAUGUUUCUGCUGCAAUACAGAAAGCUAAAAUCAUAGUUGAUGAAACUGGAACCGAGGCAGCGGCAGCAACUGGUAAGAUUAUUUUUAUGUUUUCAAUCGGCAAUCAAAAUAAUAAAAUCUAAAUC